AGUUUAUGGUUUUGGUUCCAUGUGCUUUCGGCAGGUUCUUACGGUCACUUGUCUAAAGUUGCGCUGUGGAAGCGCUUUGUUUGUUUGAGGGGCGAUUUUGUUAGAGGGGCGAUUGUAACGUUUUUCGUGUUGAUUCUGCCAUUGUUCUACUCAACGGGGCUCAACUAUUGGAAGCGUGUAAGCAUGGCGGCAAGUGAUGACGCUUUUGACCAGUUUGACGAUGACCUCGCUGAAGGGGCCGAAGUACAAGCUGGGGACAGGCGCAAAAGACUGUUUUCGAAGGAAUUGAGGUGCAUGAUGUACGGGUUCGGAGACGACCAAAAUCCGUACACGGAGUCUGUGGACCUCCUGGAAGACCUUGUAAUCGAAUUCAUUAUUGAAAUGACACACAAAGCAAUGGAGAUUGGGCGGACAGGCCGUGUUCAAGUGGAGGACAUAGUAUUUCUAGUGCGUAAGGACCCUCGAAAAUAUGCACGUGUUAAGGACCUUCUAACCAUGAAUGAGGAACUGAAGAAGGCUAGAAAAGCAUUCGAUGAAGUGAAGUAUGCAUCAGUAUAGCCUUCUUUCAUUAUUCUGUUACUUCAGUCAUUGUAGCAACUGAUGUGUGACCUAACACGGAAAAAAAGAAGACAUUUCAAUAUCACUUGCAUAUUGGGACAUUGUAAAGUUUCAUUACCUGAAAACAACAGCAAGCUUGAAAAAGCCGUAGUUGUACCUGUGUAUAAAUAAAUAUAUAUAUAUCUACAAGUCAUAGAUUAAGAUAUGUGCUGCAAAAUAAAUUAUUGAGAAGAUAAUUAGUGUAAUUAUGUUAAUUAUUCAAUUAAGCAUUCUCAUUUCUCACAGAAGUAAUGGCCACCUUAACAAGAAAUUUGGAUCAUGGGUUAGAAUGUAAAAAAAACAAGAAACCCUGUGUGCAUGUGUAUGUGUCACAUAACUCACAUAAAUAUGGUUCAUUAGUGUCUGGAGUGAUGGCUUUCAUUAAAAAAGUCACAAAAGUCAAGAUAAAUUCAUAGAUCAUUGUUAUAAAAUGACAAAUGUGCCACUAGUGUUCAGAGCACAAUCUACAUAACAGAAUAGUAAUGGUGCUACUCAAGGUGUGGAAUCUUCUGCUGAUGCACAUUAUCCUUAUGAAAAUUUGUCAUGUAAUAAAUCAAGUAAUAAAAUUUUAUUGCACUUGAACACACAAAGUGCCGCUCGACCAGAUUAAUGGGGCUUUAUGGCACAAGAGCCAAAGAGCACUUCAAAGAGAACUCGGUGGUUUUGCCAAUUGGCACUACUUGCAGACAUGUGUCACCCCCUUUGUGCCACCUUUAACUCACUGAAGGUGGCAGAGCAUGACCUCAGAUUUUCAGCAUAGUGCAGGAUGUGGCAUCACUAUGUGCCAGUGUAUAGCCUGUGUGCACCACCUUUCUUUCUUUUUUUUUUUUUUUUUUUUUCUUGGGGACUAUUGCUGAAAAGGCGCCCCAUCGUCUGUUGCGAUUCUCUUAGUGCCUAGGUUAUCUCUUGGCACAAUAGAGUUUCUAAAUAAAUACCCUAGAGGGAAGUGUGACGCUAGUGUCUACAGGGGCUCUCCUUAGCGUUGCCUCAACCUACAUAGGAAUGAUGGGAAGUACAGGCUUCGGAUUGACUUCGAUCUUUAGACUAGCGGCGUUUGCUUGCAGCGCAACAAACGAAGCUACACUUGAAUAUUAUUGCGCAAAAUCAAAUUUAAUUUCUGCAGUGUCUUAUAUAAUUCACAACAUGUUGCAUAAACUUUGGAUGACUUUGAGAUUGAAGCACAGUUUACUAUGGUUUACACCAGAACACACCAGGGUAUGCAUUCUUGUGCAAUUCUGUUCCGGAUUUAACGCCGGAGAAUAAUUAUUUAUUUUUACAACAGCAAUAACAACUGUGCAUGUGCUUAUAUAAAUAUACUCAAGUAUUUAUGGAAAUAAAGAUUUUGUAUUGUGAGAAA